AGUUCUAUAAACAAAACGACGAAUAAAAGCAAAAUCUUCAAAAGCACUGGGAAGCUCAUAAACAGCAGCCCGAGAGAAAAAGAGCGCCUUAUAGCCUACUGAAACUUUACUCAGGUGCGUCCGCGUCACCUGCUUACCCACUCACCUGCAAAUGAAAGAAACGAAACCAAGACGGCUAUAUAAGGACGUCACGUCGUUUUAUUAUGUGACCAUUUAAAACACAGUGUCAUUCAGUUCGACAGCUCAGCUGACAAGUGCAGCUCACGUUACCAUUAAGGAAACUUAAUUACGAAUUACGUUCAGAAAACAUAAUGUCUCUCAAGUGGAGAGAAAUCCGUCAGGUUGGACUGAAUUUUGUGGACUAUCUCGAUAAAACGGAUAGAAGAUCGGUUCGUUUUGAGAAAGAGGACCUCCGAGGUUUUUACAACUAUGAAUUUAAGGAUGGUGCAUGUCGGUAUCCACCUUUUUCAAGAGUUCUAUAUGUGCUUAAGUGCCAUGGAGAUAUCCGUGGGUGCGCAGGGUUAAUUGAACUUGACCAUCAGGUGAAGCUGUAUGACCAGCGGAAUAUGACAUCAUCUGCAUCCAGCAGACCCAAGCCUGCCAAUCAAGUCCUCCUUGUACAGGACCAGUUCAGCAUGGAGGUGGUUGAUCUGACCUUCCUUCUGACAGAGGACAGGGCACUGCUGACUGCAGAAAAGUACGGCAUCAGCAUUACGUCCAGUGUGCUGGUGGUGGACGGCACCAUCCGUAUGAGCGUGCGGACAGACCAGGUGUAUGAGCUGAAGCUAUGCAUUGGCCAACACAGCGAACACAGCCAUUUGCCGUGCUUCAGCCUGGAGGUCACCCAUGACAGACCUCUACUGCUGCAGCCAGGAGCUCGUGAGGAGGUCAACAUCCGCGUCAAGACGGAACAGGUAGGCUGCUACCAGGAGGCCUUGGCCUUCCAGUUCAGAAGCCAGGAGCCCGAGUCCGAGCCUUUCCACAUCGUGCGCUUCCUGGAGGUGGAACAUGCCAGUCCCCUGAUGGAGACUCUGGCUCCGACGGCCCCGUACAUCCCUGUAGAGAGGAGUGUCUGCAGGGAGGAGCGCUUCACUGUGGAGGACGGCGAGAGACCAGACGACAUGCGUAACUCAGGACUCACUUGGGUGAGGCCUCUGCAGGAGCAUCGCGUCCCUCCGUACGUGGGGGACCUCAUCAAGUUCCUGGCCAAACAAGGAUGCUCUGCCACCAUGAAACACAAACUCCUGGAGCUUAAAGGGCUGCUGGAGUCUCCAUUGAGCUUUGAGAACUACACGUCUCGUUUUCAGCUGCUUCUGCAGCUGGAGGAGAAUCAGAUGCUGGUGGACAUCCGGGCGUACGACAUGCAGGACGCUAAGAUGGUCAGAGACAAGAAGCUGCUGGUGCUGAAGGUGCCUGGUGUUGCAGAGAAUCGUCCUUCUGUGCUCAGGGGGGACCACCUCCUGGUCAUCUGCUCAAAAGAGCGCUACCUAGUGCCCUUACGCAAGCACAAGGGCUACGUCCAUCAGGUAGAACUGGAUCAGGUCAAACUGGGCUUUGGACAAAAGCUGCUGAGGGACUUUCAGCAGCGGUGGCAGCGGCAACGGCAACGGCAACAGCAGCAGCGGCAGCAACGGUGUGGCAGCAACGGCAACAGGUGCUGGGUUGCUGCUGCUGGCAGCAGCAGCGGCAGCAGCUGGUGUGACGGCAGCAACGCUGCUGCUGCUGCUGCUGGCAACAGCGGCGCGGCGCGGUGGCAACCGUGGCGCAACAGCAGCAACGGCUUAGCAGCAAUUAGCAGCGGCAACAACAACAACGCGCAACUAACAACGGCGGCAACAACAACGCAACAACGGACAGCAACAACAACAACGAACAAGACCGUCACCGUCGUGGAGGCCAUCAAACAGCUGUAUGAUUCUCCCUCCUGCUCCCACAUCCUGGCGUGUGCUCCGUCUAACAGCGCUGCUGACCUGCUGUGUGAGAGGAUUCUGGAACACGUCGACAAAGGUCAGGUCUACCGCCUCUACGCCAGCAGCAGGGACCCCAAAACUAUACCCCAGCCACUCAGGGAUCGGUGCAAUCUUAGUGGGGAUGGGUUUGUGUUCCCCUGCAAAGAGGAAUUGAUGAAGUACAAGAUUCUGGUGACCACUGUCGUAACAGCUGGCCGCCUCGUAAGUGGAGGUCUGCCCACUGGUCACUUCAGUCACAUAUUUGUAGAUGAGGCUGGACAUGCAACAGAGCCAGACACCAUAAUAUCUGUGGCAGGGUUACUGGACCCCAAGUCGGGUCAGCUGGUUCUGGCUGGAGACCCUAAACAGCUGGGCCCCAUCCUCAGAUCACCCAUCGCCAAGAAGCACGGUCUGGAGGUGUCUCUGCUGGAAAGACUGAUGAAUCACAACUCUCUGUACCAGAAGGAUGAGAAGACAGGCCACUACAACAGCCGCUAUGUCACCAAACUACUGCUCAACUACAGGUCCCAUAAGAGCAUCCUGAAGAUCCCUAACGAUCUGUUCUAUGACGGAGAGCUGGUGGCCAGUGCUGACGAGAUGUCCACCCACAUGUACUGCACGAGACACCUGCUGCCCAAGCAGAAUUUCCCACUGAUCUUCCAUGGAGUAAUAGGGAAGGAUGAGAGGGAGGCCAACAGCCCGUCCUUCUUCAACCGCUCCGAGAUCGACGUCGUCAUGGGAUACCUGAAGAAGCUGCUGCUGGAGGCCCAGGGCAAGAAGGGCGUGGCCCGCAUCUCCCCCAAAGACAUCGGCAUCAUCGCCCCCUAUAGGAAACAGGUUCUGAAAAUCAGACAGGCGAUUCGAGAGCUGAGAGAGUUGAGGGAGAGAGAAGACAUUAAUCUGCUUAAGGUUGGCUCAGUAGAGGAGUUUCAGGGACAGGAGAGAAGAGUGAUUAUUGUAUCGUGUGUACGAAGCAGUGGAGAGCUCCUGACCUUCGACCAGAAGUUCAACAUCGGCUUCCUCAAGAACGAGAAGAGGUUUAACGUGGCCAUGACGAGGGCCAAAGCCCUGCUCAUCGUGGUAGGAAACCCCGUUAUCCUCAGAACAGACCCUACCUGGGGCAGUUUUAUCCGGUACUGUGUGGAGCAGGGUGGAUACACUGGAUGUCCCCUCUCAGACUCCCCGCCUGAUGGGGCGCUGCAGGCACAACUCGCUGCUCUUCACCUGGAACCUGAGGAGCAAGUGGACAUAGGGGAGAGUGUCGUGCAGCAGCUCUUGGACCCGGAGUGGAGGAAUGAGCAGUAGCCUGAUUAUUCAAGCUACACACACACACACACAUGCACACAUGCACACACACAUACACGCAUCCUAGCCUGGCUGCGCCCAUCCUAGGUCUCCAUGAUUUCCCUGACAAAAAAAAAUGUCAGGCCAAUCAGCGACGAGAGGGGAAGCCAAAGCCGAAACUUAUUGUGAUAAAC